AUGAUUAAUCAUGCUUGGAAUACUCAGUUUCCAAACACUGAGGUCUGUUUUAAAAAUGAGGGUUAUUUUGAUCAUUGUCCUGGCAUCAUCUUUGUGUAUCCUCAUCUGGCGGUGGGUAAAAAGCCUUUCAAGUUCUUUCCCAUGUGGCAAGAUGCACCACAGUAUAAAGACAUUGUGCAACAAGCUUGGAACAUGACUGUCCAUGGUACUCCUAUGUAUCAGGUUGUUCAGAAAUUGAAAAAUGUAAAAAUUGCUUUGAAAAAACUGAAUAAGGAAGGGUUUGGUGACAUUGAGGCUAUGGAGGCUAAAACUGCUCAUGCCCUGCAAGUCCUUCAAGAUGAAUUGCAUCUCAAUCCUGCAGAUAUUGAGGUGGCUAAUAAAGAAAAGCAAGCUCAACAGGAGUAUUUGGUGGCUCAUAAAGCUAUGUUGAGUUUCCUUGCUCACAAAGCUAAGUCUAUGUGGUUGAAAGAAGGGGAUGAGAACACUGCCAUGUUUCAUAGAUCCAUAAGAAAAAGACAGAUUCAGAACACUAUCCUUUCAAUCAAAGACAUGCAUGGUAACUGGACUACUGACCCUGGUCAAGUUCCUGCUGUGUUUCAGGAAUAUUAUGAAUGGCUUCUGGGAACAAAAGGGAAUGAUAGAACUUCAGUUAAGCAGGUUGUUGUGAAAAAAGGACCUUUGGUGUCUGCUGAUAUGGCUAUUAUGUUUUCCCACAGUUUUUCUAAGGAGGAUAUAAAGGUGGCCAUCUGGGAUAUUGAUGGUGGGAAAGCUCCUGGCCCUGAUGGGUUUGGGAGUUCUUUCUUUAAGGGUGUGUGGAGUGAAGUGGGAGAUGGUGUUUGCAAGGUUGUGCUGGACUUUCUGAAUACUGAGGUGAUCUCUCAGAAUCAAGGUGCCUUUGUUCAUAGCAGAUUUAUAGCUCAUAAUACCAUGGUACGCCAGGACCUGGUGAAAGGGUAUGAAAGAAAGAUCAAUUCUGCAGGGUGUCUUAUUAAACUGGAUUUACAGAAAGCUUAUGAUUCUGUAGAAUGA